CCAAUGCCAAUCCAAUGUUGAGCUGCGGACGACUCUUGGAGCCCACCCAUACCCAUGCCCAUGCCCAUGCCCAUGCCCAUACCCAUACCCAUGCCCAUGCCGCCGUCGACGUCGUUGUCCACGUCUCACUGUUCACAUCAUCCUCCUACGCGUGUUGCAUACAGUAAGUUGGAGGAGCAUAUUGUCCUCGCCUCUCCACCUCGUUUGCCAUUCGCCUUCUGCUGUAGCCCACUCUUCCUUGUGCAGCAGCUGGACUCUGGAGAUCAAGUCUUCGCCAUUGCAGGGCUUUUUCGAAGGCAUGCCAACUGCUGGCAAGUGAGGUUGUGGUCAAGGACAAACGGAGGCGCUGAGCUUUGUUUACGUGCACAUCUCAGAGGAAACAGCCGGAGUCCAAAAGCGGGCUAGCGAGCGUCUGCAUGCUGAGACAAGACAAGGUCAGAGAACACGAGGCAACUCCUUUUACACAUCACAUAGCAUAGCAUCAUAACCUCGUGACUGUUUCUAUAUCCCAUCACAUCAUUUCAACAAAUGCUUCUUCCCUUGAAACAUGAAAAUCCGAUUAAGAAAUCUUGGGCAAAAUCCAAGUCACCACACUCUGCGGCGGGAUGGUUCCACUCCAAGUCUGACCGCUGGUAGUGUUGAGUGUCAUAUAAACACUGUUUGUAACAGUGCUGAGAAAGACGACAGUUCGCGUGCCAUCAGGAUUGAUGGAUCCGACACUCUGGACAGCCUGUCCAUUUGAAAUGCUCCCACCACCAGCGACAGGCAGGACUCGUGCACCUCCAGGCAUGAACUUACUGAACUGCGCCAUCAUGUAGUAAGCAGUAUUCAGUGUAUAAGAUCCAUCGUUAUUGAUGGUGACGAGACCGGUACAGUGUGCGCAGCCAUUGUAGAUGUGAGGACCGUUGUUCACAUCGGCAGCGAGGUUCCAAGCCAUCGCUCCCGAAGCCCAGUUUUGUAGAGGGCCCAUGGUGAAUGCUGCGGCGUUGUACCAGGGAGGUGUGGAAGGAGUCCAACAUUCGGUCAUGUAUUGGAUCACGUUGGUGUUGUUUGCUUUGAAAGAGGAGAGGACGUCCCAUCCUGAGGUGCCGGAGUAGCAGUGCCAAGCUACCGUGUUGACGUAUUGGCCUGCAUGGUCAAGGAUUGUUUGAGGAUAGGAUGGCUUGUCUGUGUUGUGAUCGUAGGCCCAAAUCUGAGUAGUCAAGCCUGCUUGAGCGAAGGCUGGCCCGAGACGGUUCUUGAUCAAGAGAGCGUUCUCGUAGUCAUAUACGUACAUAGUCGGGAAGCCAGCAACAGAGUUCAGGGGUUCGUUUUGUAAAGUGAUGGCAUUGACUGGUGCUCCAGCAUUCUGGUAGGCUUGAAUGUACUUGACAAAGUAGUUGGCGAAGGCAUAAGAGUAGUCGGUCUCGCUAGAGUUGAGAUAUGUAUCUUGUAGAUUGUUGUUUUUGGCGUUGCCUGUGAGAGCUUUGUUUCUCUUCAUCCACCCAGGUGCGCUCCAGGAAGAACCAAGGAGUGUCAUUCCAGGCUGAGCUUUCCGCAUCUUGGCAAGUACGGAGGCCAUGGCUGUGCCAUUCGUACCGAGCGUGAAAUUGGCCAGAUUAGGAUCAGGCUGAUUAUUGUUGUCGUCAUACGUGUAGUUGGUGGCACUCAUGUCGGAGCCACCGAUCGUGUGCCGCAUGAGGGAGAAGUUCGCUCCAGAUGUUGUCAUCAACGUAUUGAUCAGACUGUUCUGAUUGGUGCUUGACAUUCGAUUAAAGGUGACGACGGUGGAGUCGGUCACCGCCGCGCCGAAGCCGGUAAUGUUCUGUCGGUACGCAGCUGCAGUGUCGUUGAGCACCAAACCCCAAGCUGUUGUGCCAGACGGCUGAGUGCCGGCACCACGGGCAGGGGCAGUAAUGGCACUGAGCUUGUAUGUGCCAUUGUAGUCGCUGCAAUAAGCUGAUGUGGAAGACUGCCGGAUCUCUAAUGGUAAGGCAGCGAUGGAGAUGGCACUGGCAAUGAAUGAGACGAUAGCGAAGCUCAGCAUGAUGGCAGUCGACUGUGGUGCCCCUUUCGAGUGUUAGCUUUUGCGCCGUCCAUGCACUUGCGAUGCAGAGAGCGCGUUAUAUUCCUGCAGCGUCAUGGCGCUACUCAGAAUGUCGGUCGCGGCGAGGUCCAGAAUGCUCCAAGCGUGUUCCUGCAAAGCGUAAUGAGAUUUGGGUUCAACAGUGUCCUUGCGAUCGCUGCAUAUGGUGACGAGAGAGCACUGCUGCUAACAAAGGGUGUCUGCGCUCAUCACAAAGUGCCCAUCGAAGACUCAACCAAACCGGAGUCGCUGAAACAUGACCCCCUGUUUCACGUGCAGCUCCAGGAAACUUUUGUUGAUAAGCGCGUAGACUUGCAGGCUGUCACGACAAUGCAGUUCCCAAGAAAGGAGCAGUGCCUCUUCAGUAUUCGCUGGGCCGCUGAGAGGCAACUACGCCAGCGUAGUAGACAUGCUCAGAGGUACGCCAUGCUCCAAAGUUCAGCUUUUCCCAAUGAGUACACAUGCGGAACGGUGUCUCCAGAACUGCCCAUCGGGUGCACCUCAGCUUGGCGUACGGUCCCGGCAGCCCUACCCACUCAUACGCUGCAAGGACAAGGACUCUUUCCCAACAGCAAGUCUUCCGGCCAGGUAAACCCACGAUGCCGAGACAAACUUUGUGCGAUCGCAUACGUGGCCGCCGAAGGCCAGGAGGCCAUGCAUCUAGAACCAAUCAAUGGCGGUAUUCGGCGCAGUGGUAAGUAUGACGGGUGCCUCCAUACUCUGUGCAGCCCGACUGCCAACUGCUGUUGUUUGGCCGUCAACGAUGCGUGGGUCGGACGAGCAAGCGCUGUCCGGUGCACUCUGCAGGAGCCUCAUCCAGGAACUUUCAUGGCGCUGAACUACAGCUAUUCUUAUUCCGGUAAAUUCGAUGAAGCUGCUGUCGCCCAAUCAACUUGCACCUUUGCUGAGUCCUGUCAUCGCUUAUCGCCGUCCAAAGAAGGCUGGUCAAGAUCCAAUGUCUGCAUAGCACUGGCCGUGGUCCAGCGACUGCGAAGGCCUCUACUGCAUAGUCACACCGUGAUUGGCUUUACUCAAAGAUCAUGGGGUGCUGGUGCAGGAGCGUGGUGGGGACACGUCGACGAUAAAGAUCAGAGAGACGUCGGAAAGAGUUUCGAAGUUGGCCAGGGCUUCCGGGCUCUUGCUUCUCAUCCAGGCUUCAGUCUCGCCAGCCUGCCUAGAUGUACAAUAUUGAGACCGCGAGGCCAACAUGCUGACGCAAGGGUCUACUCCCUACUAAUGCUUCACAGCGGAAUAACACACCAUGACGAUAAGGCUUCCAGCCUUGGCGCACGGUCAGCCUUGGCGCACGGUAUUUAG